ACACAGCCUCAAAAUGUACUCCAACCAACCUUCAGCCCCGCUGCUUUUUGUGUUUAUUUCCAUCUCUUUCUGUGUUGCUCAAUCCAAAAGAAAUAAUAAUACGAAUGAUACCUCGGUUGAAAACAAAAAAUGGAUCACAAAUUCGUCUAGAAUCUUCCAAAAUUUAAUGGAGGAUUAUGAUCCAUCAAUUGCUCCGUUUGUUCCAGGUAAGCCAGUGCAGGUGGCACUCACAUUUGAAAUCCUGGCUUUUGGCGAGAUGAAGGAAGCAAAAAUGGAAUACAGCUUAGAUUUAUAUUUCCUUCAAGUUUGGUCAGAUAUCAGACUUGCUCAAGGUCAAGAUAGGAAUUUCGCAUUCAGUGGAAAUGACAUUAAAAAGAUCUGGACACCAGACACCUACUUCAUGAAUGCCAAGAAAACAGAUAUUAAAAAUGUUAUGAAAGACAAUCAAAUGGUGUAUAUCCUGCCUGACGGAGUGGUGGUACAGAUGUCCAGGAUCACAUUAGACGUGGCUUGUCACAUGCAGCUGCAGAUGUAUCCAUUUGACAGACAGAAAUGUGAACUCAUUAUCGAGAGUUUUUCAAUGACAGAAUCAAAGUUAAACUACACUUGGGGCAACUUAGCAGCGGAAAAAUGCGUCGUGGGUGUUUAUGAUGACGCCAUGGCUCAGUAUGAGUACAAAGGAGUGAAACUCAGUUAUAAACACGAGAAGAUUUCCUCUGGCGCUUUCUCCAACUUGUACGCUACCUUUGUAUUCGACCGGCUUACGUCAUAUACAGUUCUCCAAGUGUACGUUCCCAGCUACAUGAUUGUUCUUUUAUCAUUCAUGGCUUUGUGGAUUCCUAAAGAUGCCGUGCCUGCCCGUGUGGGACUUGGGAUAACAACUGUGCUUACUAUUGUGUACUUUUUAGGAACUGUCAAUAGCUCGAUGCCUCGUGUGUCUUACAUGAAGGCCAUCGACUGCCACCUUUUUGUAUCGUUUGGUUUUGUGUUUGCCACCAUGUUGGAAUAUAUUGUUGUGCUAAACACCUCCGACAGAAAGAAGAGGAGGAUGUCUACUCACGAGGACUUUGAACUUGGACCACUCAACAAUCACGCGUCGGACGAUUCACCACAAAACAAACGAUACGAUGCAGGUGUACCGGAUGCUUGUUACCAAGUGUUCUCCUGCAAAAGGAAAAGAAUGAAAGCCAGUCCGUCCGUGAACGCGGUGGACAGAUACGCACGGAUCCUGAUGCCAUCUGUCUAUGGAGUCUUUGUUUUCAUUUACUGGUUGAUAUGUGCAUUGCUGUCUCCUCAAAAAGAAUCAUUGGAUCUCUGUUAGAUUUGGUGCUUCUGUGGUGGGAAGAAAAUCCAAAAAACAUUUCCUGGUUUUGUCUUAGAAAAUCUUUCAUGAAAUGUGUUGAAAGGCUUAAAUUUUAU